UCUACACUCGCUCUCUCUCCCCGACGAAGUCCCUCUCUCUCUACCCUCGCUUUUUUCGACCGACGAACCACCGCGCAAUCGACGAACCAGGAGGAUACCGGCGAGACGACCGCGAGCAACCGACCGGCGUGCGACCUCCCUCUCUCUCUGCCCUCUUUCUUUCCGACCGGCGAACGACCGCUUGCAACCGACAAACUACCGCACGGGACCGGCGAGAGGACCGCGACUUCCCUCUCUCUAUGCCCUCCUUCUUUCCGACCGACGAACCACCGCACGAGACCGGCGAGAGGACCGCGAGCAAUCGAUGAACCACCGCACGGACUGGCGAGAGGACCGCGACCUCCCUCUCUCUCUGCCCUCACUCUUUCCGACCGUGUUCUGAUGGCGGAUCUGGAGUUGCAUAUGGAGGACGGCAUGAUGUCUCACAUCGACCUCGACGGCUUCUUCGGCAACCUCCCUGAGGCCGGCGACAUCAUCGGCGCUUGCUCCUCGACGAACGCGUCGUCGUCGUCUCUAGACUCGGGGCUCUCGUGGUUCGACGAGAUCGAGAACAUCUUGAUGAAGGACGACGAGGACGGCGGAGUUGUCAGUGGCGGGAUUAGGGCUAAUUCAAGCCAGGAGUUCUGCGAUAGGUUCCUCGCUGACGUGCUCGUUGACUCCCCCGGAGAUGGGUCCGCAGAGAUAGCCAAUGGGUCCGGCGACAAAGAGGAGCCUGGAUCGUCGGAUGAUGGCGGGGUCGACGCUGCGAAGGUUGAUGGGGCUAAGGGUGGCGGUGAAGUCUAUGAUCCUGCUUCUAAGAAGCUCAGGAGAGAGAAUAUGAGGAGUUCAAGGUACGAAUCAAUGCUUUGGUUGCAAAGGCACAAAAGAUGCCAGAAGAAGGGUGGACAAUGCAGGAUGGCACUGCCUGGCCUGGAAAUAACCCCAGGGAUCACCCUGGAAUGAUACAGGUUUUCCUGGGCUACAGUGGGGGACUUGAUACUGAUGGAAAUGAGCUACCUCGACUUGUUUAUGUUUCUCGUGAAAAGCGACCUGGUUUCCAACAUCACGAGAAAGCUGGAGCCAUGAUUGCUUUGAUCCGAGUCUCAGCUGUCCUAACCAACGGACCGUAUCUUUUGAAUGUUGACUGUGAUCAUUACUUUAAUAAUAGUAAAGCAUUGAAAGAAGCAAUGUGUUUCAUGAUGGAUCCCGCUUAUGGAAAGAAGACGUGCUAUGUGCAGUUCCCACAACGUUUUGAUGGGAUUGACUUGCAUGAUCGAUAUGCUAACCGCAACAUCGUCUUCUUUGAUGUAGGUGUCUCUUCAUCUUUUUCCUACUUCCAAAAUGCUAGUUGUUUAUGUUCAUUUGUUGCCUUUUUUAACUGAGCUAGAUUAUCUUAUUUAUGAUCUCAAUGCAGAUUAAGUUGAAAGGGCUUGAUGGGACUGAAUUUUUUUUAAAAUUGGCGCCUCUUUUUCUCUUCAGAAUGUGGGUCCCACAAAGACACGUGUCGUGCUCCCACUGCCUUCUUGUUUGCCACGCUGGAACACCAGACGUACCUAAUAUUUUCUCCCUCGUCCCAUUAAAAGCCUUGUGGUUUUUGAUGGAAAGGGGCGAAGGUUUUUUCUUUCCAUUCCAAUCCUAUGCGUACGUUUGUGCAGAAGAUGGCCAGCGGACCCACGCCUCCACGUGGCGCUUCAUGAAUGGCCGGAGAGAGAACGUCUUUGUUGCAGAGAGGAGGCCGUCCAUUUUCUUCUUCAGGGAUGGAAGGAGACAGGAUAUGAGCGACCGAGAGAGAAAUAAAUGCGUGCAGGCUGUUAUGUGCAGGUCUAGUGAUAGGGGAAAUAAUAAAAAAAAAAAUUGUUUUGCGGGAGAAGAACUACUUCUACGACAAAAUCUUCAAUGGCCCCCACACC